GGGGUUGUAGGCUUUCCCUAAAAAACCCAACGGGGUUGUAGAUUUCGUGUACAGUACGAUACCAUCGUGCCUCUGCCGAUCCGAUCUUUCGGCCUCGCAACGACUCGCGGCUCGCGGGCGGAUCCUUCCGGCCACCGAUCGACCAUGCCGACGUCCGUACCCAACGACGUCGUCUCCGAGAUACUCUCCUGGGCGCCAGUAAAGUCGGCGUGCCGGUUCCGGUGCGCGUCCAGGGGGUGGCAAGCGCUCAUCUCCGACCCUGCGUUCGUCGCGGCGCACAAGGCCCGCACGGAGCCGCAGCUCCUCAUCGUCGCCAACUCCUUCCAUGGCGUGGCCAGCGGAGGGCGCCGCCGCCGCCGCGACCUGCGGCUGCUGGACACGGACCGCAGCUUCGUGAGGGAGGUCAAGUCCGCAGGUGACCUAUGGACCAUCACCUCCGGCCCCCGCGGCCCCGUCGGCGCCACCCGCGUCGGCCGCGUCCUCAACGUGAUUGAUCUGGACACCGGGGACGUGCUCGUGACCUCCACGGAGAUGGGCGACGGCGGAACGUUCUGCACCUUGGGCAUCGGCUACGCUGCCCCGUCGGGCAUGUUCAAGGUGGUCCGCCUCAUGACCACGUUGAGUCAUGGUCAUCAGCCGAAGCACACCUGCGAGCUUCUCGCGUUGGAAGACGGCGCCAGAGGAUGGAGGCGGAUGCAGUCACCACCAAUUGCAGACUAUUUCGGCCUCCACAAAAACUCUAUGGUCACUAUAGAUGGUGUGCUCUACUUCCUUUACAGCUUGUCGCCACCGCGGGUGGGCGGGGACUAUGUCCUCCGCCUUGACCUCGAGACCGAGCAAUGGAAGAGGUCCAUCAAAGCCCCAAAGAUGAGAUCGACGAUGCCCCGUAUGGUCGAGCUCAAUGGAACCCUUUGCAUGGUUCACUUGGAGGGACGCCGGACCAAAAAUGCUUGCACGAUCAUAUGGCUCCUGUCUGAUUUGGCCAAGGGCACCUGGGCCAAGGCGUAUGUGAUCCCGAUGCCUCAUGCCGUCGAUCUAGUGAUCCCUCUGAGGAUGAUGCGUCAUGAUGGAAAGCUAAUGUGCUAUUGCUUACAUAAUGACAGACCAAGUCCGACGCUACAAGUUUAUGAUCCGCUCAAUGGGAUAUGCACACAGCUCCCAGAUCUUCCAGGUAACAAUUUGAGCGACGUUGGUUUUUGCGACUUGCACUUGGAAUGUUAUAUACGGUCCACCUAAGAUCUCACCAACGGCUGCAACGGUUGAAUCGAUUCUCUCAUCUGUCAGUGUUGUUUGACAAAUCAAAUGAUGGGUUUGGUGUUUUCGUUGUCGGAUGUUUGGAACAACAUGAAGAUGCGAAGAGCAGAGCUCCAGAUGACAAUUUUGCAGGAAUUUAUCUAGCUUUAUUUUUAUCGAUGUUCUUAGAGCAUGGUUAAUAAUACAUCCAACAAUCGGCUAUAAGGAGUUACCGUAUGUCACCUAUAGUCAACUUUGUAGCCGGCAUGUACAAUAGUAAUUUAUAUGUGUACUAUUUUAUUAGUAGUUGGUCCACCUUACAACCUUAUAAAGUGUUUUGGGGCUCGUGCUAGAGCCGGCUACUAGCCAAGAACCCGCUUCUCUUCUCUU